AUGCUCUUUCUCCCUCUCUACUCGAAUGCUCUUUCUCCCUCUCUACUCGAAUGCUCUUUCUCCCUCUCUACUCGAAUGCUCUUUCUCCCUCUCUACUCGAAUGCUCUUUCUCCCUCUCUACUCGAAUGCUCUUUCUCCCUCUCUACUCGAAUGCUCUUUCUCCCUCUCUACUCGAAUGCUCUUUCUCCCUCUCUACUCGAAUGCUCUUUCUCCCUCUCUACUCGAAUGCUCUUUCUACCUCUCUACUCGAAUGCUCUUUCUCCCUCUCUACUCGAAUGCUCUUUCUCCCUCUCUACUCGAAUGCUCUUUCUCCCUCUCUACUCGAAUGCUCUCUCUCUCCCUCUCCGUGCCAUACUCGUGCCACCCUUGACGUUUUUUUAUUCGAAAGAGGUGACUUUUGUGUCGACUCAAAAGUCACCUCUCUGCUCGAAUGCUCUCACUGCCCUCUCUGCUCGCUCACUGCCCUCUCUGCUCGCUCACUGCCCUCUCUGCUCGCUCACUGCCCUCUCUGCUCGCUCACUGCCCUCUCUGCUCUAUCCCCAGGCGGCUGGGUGGGGUGGCUGGGUGGGGUACACGUCAUACGACUCGGUGCGCUAUGUGGAGUCCAAGAAGCUUCCUUUCUCCUCUGCACCAAUGGACGAUCGCCACCUGCCAGACGUGCACCUGAGCCUGUACAACGACGUGGUGGUGUUCGACCACGUCACCAAGAUAGUGCACGUGGUGUGCUGGGUGCAUGUAGACGACUAUCCCUCCGCCUCUGACGCAUUCUCGUCGGGCCUCUCCCGCCUCUCCACGCUCGUUGACUGCCUGCAGCCCGCUUCAGCCCCUGUACUGCCGGCAGGUUCGGUGAAUCUGGACACGAGGCAGCAGGGCCCGCCCGCACAGUCCACGAUGACGCGGGAGCAGUUUGAAGCAGCGGUGCUGGAGUCUAAGGAGCACAUCCUGGCGGGAGACAUCUUCCAGAUCGUGCUCAGCCAGCGGUUUGAACGGAGGACUUUUGCGGAUCCGUUCGAGGUGUACCGGGCUCUGAGGAUCGUCAAUCCCAGCCCCUACUUAGCCUAUCUGCAGGCACGUGGCUCCAUUCUAGUGGCUUCAAGUCCCGAAAUCCUCUGCCGAAUCUCAGGCUCGACUGUGGUGAAUCGGCCUCUAGCGGGGACGAGGAGGAGGGGGCAGACGGCAGAGGAGGACUUGGCUCUGGAAGAGGAUCUCCUGGCGGAUGAGAAGGAGGUGGCCGAGCACGUCAUGCUCGUGGACCUGGGGAGAAACGACGUGGGGAAGGUGUCGGUGGCGGGCUCAGUGGUGGUGGAGAAGCUCAUGGAGGUGGAGCGCUACUCGCAUGUCAUGCACAUCAGCAGCACGGUCACGGGGCAGCUUCUCCCGCACCUCACCUGCUGGGACGCCCUGCGUGCCGCCCUCCCUGUCGGCACCGUCAGCGGCGCGCCUAAGGUGCGAGCCAUGGAGCUAAUCGAUGAGUUGGAGGUGACUCGUCGGGGUCCCUACGCGGGGGGCAUCGGGUACGUGUCGUUCGCCGGCAACAUGGACUUUGCCCUCGCCCUCCGCACCAUGGCGGGGGCGGGCGUGGUGGCGGACAGUGUGCCGGCAGCGGAGUGGCAGGAGACGGUCAACAAGGCUGCUGCUCUUGGCCGCGCCAUCGACCUCGCUGAGUCCGCCUUUGUACACGCUGACAGGGAGUAA